AUGCAAACACAAGUAUACGAGGGGUUGUGUGAAAAUUAUUUUUCUCUUGCUGAACCACAAAGACAUAAAAUCAAAGUGCUUCUUUUGGACAUACUGGUUUUUCUUCUUGCGCUUCUCUUCCUUGUGGAUAUUAUGGCUAAUAACACAACAAGUUUAGGGAGUCCAUGGCCAGAAAACUUUUGGGAGGGUGUUAUAAUGUCCUUCACAGUGUCCAUGGCAACUGUACUUGUACUUGGAGGAUUUAUUUGGGCUUUGUUUGUUUGUUUCUCUCGAAGAAGAGCCAGUGCCCCCAUCUCACAGUGGAGUUCAAGCCGGAGAUCUAGAUCUUCUUACACCCAUGGCCUCAACAGAACUGGAUUUUACCGCCACAGUGGCUGUGAACGUCGAAGCAACCUCAGCCUGGCGAGCCUCACUUUCCAGCGCCAAGCUUCCCUGGAACAAGCCAAUUCCUUUCCAAGAAAAUCAAGCUUCAGGGGCUCAACUUUCCAUCCGUUUCUGCAAAGUCCACCACUUCCUGUGGAAACUGAGAGUCAGCUGGUGACUUUCCCUUCAUCCAAUACCUCCUCCACCAUCAACACUUCCCACAGUCUGGGCCGUCCUGAUUUCCACUGGUCCAAUAACAGUCUCCGGAUUGGCCUUUCAACACCAGCCCCCCCUGCCUAUGAGUCAAUCAUAAAGGCUUUCCCGGAUUCCUGAGUAGGGUGCUUUUGUUUCUGUUUCUCUCUUUUCUUGUCUUUUAUGGAAAGGAAAUCACAAAUAGGCUAAACAGAAUUUUGAGGACAUGGCCCAAAUGCCUAAUGAGUUUCUAACCUGAAACGAGCACACACAAGGUGGACAUUACAAUGUAAAACACAUUUUCUUUGAACACAUCUUUUUUCUUUGUCUCACAAAAGAAUAAUAUUUUUCCAAAUAGUUGUAUAUUUAUGUAUUUUGUCUUCGAUGUGAGAGUUUUUAAAGAUAGUGAUUCUUACCUAAGAAUCAGCUGGAU